AUGGGUAGUGCGGUUUCGAUUGGCAAGAGGGACUCCAAAGCCAGUAGAUUCGCAACCACCAGCCGCAAGUUAACUAUGCGGCAUACAGUUCGUCUAGACACGGAAAUAAAGCAGAAGAUCCAAACAAUUGUGCUCGACAUGUCGAAAACGAGUCGAGUCGAGCUGACGUCCUCGGUGGAUCGAGAAGGUUCCGGUGUACCGACGGGCACGCUGACGCAACACGGUUUGCUGCCCUUACACCACAUUCCUGAAAUUGUUCUCUCAAUGCCUCACCUGACAGAGCUCAACCUAAAAUGCAACGACAUUUCAGUGGUGCCCAAGGAGAUCGACGCUCUCGUUGCUCUUCAGGUUCUCAUUCUGUCGAAGAAUAAAAUCACUGUACUUCCUGCCUCCCUGACUAAACUCACAAGGCUUCGUGUGUUGGAAGUUGUGAGUAACCAACUAAUUGCGUUGCCUGAAUCUCUGGGGAAACUGGAAUCACUUGAAGAACUUCAAGCUAAUCGCAACGAGAUCGAGAAACUACCGGAAAGCAUUGGAUUUUGCAUAAAGUUGCGGAUUCUCAACGUGUAUAAUAACGCGCUCAUUGAGCUUGGGAAACCCGUCAGUAUGCUUCCAGAAUUAGUGGAACUGAAUGUGAGUAACAACCAACUCAGGCAGCUCCCAAACGAAUUAUUACAAUGGAAGAAAUUACAGCGAUUAUUGCUUCAAGUGAAUAACCUCGAGUCACUUCCAGCACUUGACAAUUUGUGGCGUCUCGAAGUUUUGCAAGUGCAACAAAACGCAUUGAAAUCUUUACCCAGCAUGGGAAAUCUCGAUCAUUUGGUUAAACUCGACGCCAACAGCAACAGCAUUACAAAACUGCCAGCAGAAGUUGCUCACAUGUCGGCACUCACGCAUCUAAACCUUCGUCGCAAUAAGCUCGAGGAGAUUCCUCCCCAACUCGCACGGUGCCUGGCAUUGGAGAUCUUGGAUCUUGGUGAGAACCCAGUUACUUCAUCAAUUCCGGCAGGUUUUGCAGAGCUCUGCAAGCUGAGAACUUUACUGCUGGACGGAGGCAACAUCACCGUUCUUCCGAUCGAACUCAUCGGCCUCCGUAGUGUCUGUCGUGUACACUUGGGUGGUUGCUUGAAAAUGGACGAUCCGGAGACUUGCGAAGUGGUUCUGGGACUCAAAGACAGCUGCAGUCGUAGAGGAGGAUGGCUGAAGAUUGGAGACCGAAAGACCGAGCACCGAACUGAGAGUAUGUCCUCGGACAUUUGGGAACUGUAUGAUGAACUGGAAGGUCAAAUACCCGAUGAACCUGCACGGAAGAGUAGAGUUACAGGCGGCGAAGGCAGCUCCGACUUCUUCGCUGGUAGAAAGAACCCCACUCAAUGCAGAUAA